CCAAAAGAAAAAGAGAACCCAAUCUGCAAAUUCACUGUUCUUUCCAUUUCUAGACAUUUUCAAUGAUUGUCUAAUCAGGCACAUUGAUAAUCUUAAUUUUUUCUCUCUCUAAAGCUCUGAACUUUUUUGCUCUGUAGUGAGGAAGAAGAAAUAAAGACAACAAAUUUACCAAAAAUCCAAUCACAAUUUCCUCUGUUCACUGGGUUUUAUUUAUAUAUUUUGUCUUUGGGGGGUUUUGGGUUUUGAUUCUAUGGCUGAAGUUGCGGACAAGUCAGGUGAGGCAGCGCCAGUAGCCGCAGCUGCUAAUGACAAGAAGAACAAUUUGGUGGUGGAAACGGCCAAAGCAGAAUCAAAGGAAUUCAAUGUUCAGAAUCUGGUUGAUAUGUUCACAAAGCUGAAUCCUUUGGCCAAAGAGUUUUUCCCGUCAUCUUAUAAUCAGAAUCAGACCAAAAAUGACAGUAAAUUCAAUCAGGUGCCUGUUGAUAACAAAUCAGCUGGAAAUGUGAAUCAGUCCAACAGAAGGAGAAGAAACAACUCCAGCCAAGGUAGGAGAAGGCUUAAUGGUAAAGCUUUUCGAGUUCAGCGAGAUGAUAGUAUUAGGCAAACAGUAUACGUUUCUGAUAUUGAUCAGAAUGUUACUGAAGAGCAACUUGCUGGCUUAUUCAGUAAUUGUGGACAAGUUGUUGAUUGCCGAGUUUGUGGUGAUCCGCAUUCAGUUCUUCGGUUUGCAUUCGUGGAAUUCGCAGAUGAAGAAGGUGCAAGGGCUGCUUUGAACCUCAAUGGGAUAAUGCUAGGGUAUUAUCCGGUUCGGGUCUUGCCAUCAAAAACCGCCAUCCUCCCUGUGAACCCCACGUUUCUCCCUCGGUCAGAAGAUGAAAGGGAAAUGUGCACCAGGACGGUGUAUUGUACAAAUAUUGACAAGAAGGUUUCCCAAGCUGAAGUGAAGAAUUUCUUUGAAUCAGCCUGUGGUGAGGUCACUCGGUUGAGGCUUUUAGGGGAUAACGUGCAUUCAACCCGUAUUGCUUUUGUUGAGUUUGCCAUGGCUGAAAGCGCCAUAAUAGCUCUGAAUUGCAGUGGGAUGGUGCUAGGAUCCCAGCCCAUCAGAGUAAGUCCUUCGAAAACACCGGUGAGGCCCCGAGUGACCCGUCCGACAUUGCUUUAACCAUUCAACCAAGUCAUUUAAGAAAUGUCGAAGGGAUGCUCGAAUACUUCCCCUUUUUUCUUCUUCGCAAUCGUUUUUCAUUUUUGACGGAAGAUAUUGUGAUUAUGAUUCGGUUCGAGAUUUGUUUUUAAUCUUAUUCCAUCAUUUUGUUUAGACAACGUUAAUCUCAUUAGGGUUUCUUUGCUGCUAGUUUAUGAUUAUAAUAAGCAUGGUC